AUCACACUACAACAGUAUAGAAUUGCAUACCUCAUGUCCGCAACUUCCGGUCCAUGUCAAUUCUACUCCAGAUGUCAUCGCAGGGAGUAGUCCGCUGACUCCGCUCAAGGAAGCACAGGAGUGCCCUGCAAGGAGCACAUGCUCACCAAGUGCCUGAACUCUGCCACGAUGAUUGACCAAAACUGACCUCACAGCUAUUGCCAAAUCUCCCCGCCCGCACUGCUUGGGCAGGAUACAGGAUGUUUUGGCCUGCCUAUAGGCGUGAGAUGUCCCACGCGCCCUGCAGACUGCAGAGACAGGAAUGGGAGUACAAGACAGGCUGGUUGUCUGGUACCCUAGCUCCCUAGUUAGACACACUACAAACAGCAUGUCGGUCGAUAAAGUCAAUUCGACACCUUUUGAUUUAAUAUGAUCAUGUACAGGAGCAUCAACGAUCAACAGCGCACGAUUCUUGCGGAUUGCAGCAACAUGGAGAACUUCAUCUCGCGCCAAGGUCAAAGGCGGAGAUUGCCUACUAGCAUACAGGAACGGCGCGACCACCGCAAACACCCUUUCAGGCCUGCCCUUGUCAAGAAGGAGGAUAUUCGAGCGUUCGAGCAACCUGCCUCCGCUGAGCACCGAACUAAUCUCCAAACGACCUUCUGGCUGCAAAAAGCAUUGGCAGAUCUUCCUCAAUCUCACCCAAGUCAACGUGUUCUUGAAGAGCGGCUGCGCAGCGAACCCACGACACCAAUUGGCUCGUCAUUGCCACCGUUUCCACUGUUGAAAGCUAGAACCAGACCCUAUACCUUUCUCGAUCUGCCUCGCGAGAUUCGAAAUACCAUCUACAAGUACACUGCUUCUGCGCAAGAGCCCGUCUCGCCAGUCCUAGACACGUGUGAUCAACCUCGCCGGACUGAACGGCAAGUCAAAACAACAAGUAGCACCGGCCUUCCCGUAUUGGAGGAAGUGUUCCCUGGUCUGAAGCCAGAACUGGACGCCAUGCUGCCGACUUUCUACCGCUCUAAUACGUUUCAAUUUGACCUGCGAUCCGACAAAGGGUGCAACUUGCUUCGUCGUUGGAUCAGAGAAAAGGGAGACGAAGCUUCAGGCGCGAGGAAAAUCCGCCUCAAACACUGGACGUGGUGGUUUAAUGACUCCGGCGAAUGGGAAUGUGCCGCCGACGAGACUAUCCUGGCUCUUCUGCCCACCGGCUUUGUGGAGCUGAAGAGGCUCGCUCAGCUUCCAGGAGGCUGUUCGUGCGGGAUGGAAGAGUUCCUGGGUUCGCACUGUCCUGACUGGAAGAUCAAUAAACUAUGGUCUCUCACCGAUUUCGUUAAAGCGGUACGCGAAGAUGAAGAGCUGCUCAUUCAAGCACUCGUCAAGUUUCUCGAAAUUGUCCAACAGCACGAUGACAACUUCCACCUGUGGCGCGAGAAUCCCACGCCCUGUCAACAAUGCGGCAAACAAAUGAUGUUGCUGCGGUCUCUGGACACAGCAUGAUAUGGUGCCGAUCAGGGGAAGGCUGUCGCUCUUAUGCUUGUUCAGCCCAUUCAGAGCAUGUGGUGGAUGUUCGAGUCUCGCAAACAUAACCGUCUCGUAUAACAACCGUUGGUGCACUUCGUAUCGAUAUAUGGAUCGCCAGCAGACAGUUGGCCUCACAUCGGGUCCAGUCAGUCACGUUCAGAGUCCACGAACGUCCAGAUCUAAUGAAAACAACCUUGCGCAAGUCACUGGAGAAGAUUGCCCGCAAAACCAGAAAUUCUGGAGGAAAGUGCCGGAACGAAGGACUUACCUCAGAGGCAAGAAGGAAAUGAGAGAUGGCUCACUCACGAGCGACCACGCCAAGAAAAAGAACAAGACCUUUGCCUGAUGUCGCGCACGCUGCCGACCGAGCAGCUUACCCGUCCCGUACAACAGUGAAGUUCUGGUGUGGUCCAGUGGAGGCAAUCCGAAGAAAUUCCAGUCUGGCAGAGACAAGUCUUACGUGCCCAUUGAAAAGGCGCAUCGAGGCGCUGGAUGGGAGACACAAGAGGCGUUGGCGAUACGAGAAAUCCAUCCAGGGAGUGAAGCGUGCCCUCCUAAAAAAAAACAAAAGUUAUAUUUAUCCUUGUGGCGGUGCAUGCAGCACGUAGCGCUACUAAUGUUGUUUCUUUUUUCGCUCGCGAGUCCCGACUUGAGUUUGAAUGAGAAUGGUUUACACAACAAACAAUGGUACAACUUUGGUAGUGUGUUAGUGUGUUAUGAGGUCCAUGUAAUUCGAGGUUCUUAGCGGGCUGUACUAUCUAUCUAUCAUACG